AUUACACAAAGCAAGACUGAUCACCGCAGACUAAUCAACAGAGAGCCUUACAUUUAUGAUGAACAGGGAUUUCUUUUUGAUGAAAGAUCGCAAAUAUUGAAAAGACAAUUGCUAAUCAAUCAAGAAUGUCGUGUUGGCCUACCACGACUCGCCCUCCCCACCCCAAAGAUGGUCCAUGGGCAUGGCUUGUCUUGUCCUACUGUUUUUUAAAUGGUGUUGUGAUCGGGGGUAUUGCUUUUGGUUAUGGAGUCAUCCUACCAGUUCUGAUGGAUGCUCUGCAAGAGAAUAGGGAGCGAACAGCUCUUGUGGGAUCUCUCGCCUUGGGAGCAGGUCUCUUUCUCUGUGUUGUCUCGGCCAAACUUUGCGAAAAAUUCAAUUGUCGUUUCGUCAAUGGUGUUGGAUUAAUAUCGUAUGUUAUGGGAUUCACCCUCAGUUCGCUGUGCAACUCCAUCUAUCCCCUCUACAUCACAUACAGCUUGCUUAAUGGCUUUGCAGGGUCGUGUACUUAUACUUCCAAUUUCAUUUUGGUGAGACAGUACUUCAAGAAACGAUAUUCCUUGGCUAUGGGCAUAGUUACAGCAGGGGCAGGAAUCGGAAUGCUAUCGGUUGGUCCUUUGGUGCAGUACUUGACUGACACUCUUGGAUGGAAAAACACUUUCCGAGUCUUCGCAGGAAUCUUUGGAGCAUUCAUUCCUUUAACGAUUGUUUUAGAUCCAAAUGUUGAAAGUUGUGAAGAGGUGCCAAUUGAAACAGUUAUGCAAGAGAAUUCUAUCGAGAAAGAUAUUAAGAUCAAGCCAAGAAARAUUGUAUUGGGAUUUUUGGAUUUAUCAGUGUGGACAUUUCCAGAGUUCACGAUCUCUGUUGUUGCUAUUUUCAUUGGUUCUUGGGGUCACUAUACACCCUUGAUUCAUAUGAUCAAAUACUCUGAAGAGGUGGGAAUAAGCCCAACUAAAAGUUCCACCCUUCUCGUCUUCGUUGGCAUAGCAACAAUCGUCUCACGUCUGGUAUCUGGUCGGUUAUGUGACGUCAGCUUCAUUAAACCAAGAUACGUCCACCAAGCAGGAAUCAUCUUAUCAGGAAUUUCAACCAUUCUCUUAACGUUUGGUGUCAACUACACUCAUCUGAUAAUUUUUUCUGUUUUCUUUGGUAUUGCUGAUGGAGCAUUUCGUCUGACGAUGAACAUUUUAUUCAUGAACACUGUUGAUAUUCCACGCAAACCCUCAGCCUUUGGUCAAGCGAAUAUGAUAAUUUCAUUUUCUAAUGCAGCUGGUCCAGCAAUAGCAGGAAUGAUGGCAGACAAGUCUGGUUCGUAUACUUCAGCAUUCUACAUGGCUGGAUCGGUUUCCAUUGUUGCAGGCGCCAUCUUCUUCUUGCAUCUCUGCUUCUUCAAAGAGCACAACAAUAAACGAGAAUUGGAUAUUUCUAAUGCUACAGAUCACCCGCUGGCUUGUGUUGGACCAGCAUCAAGCGAGGCAGAGGAGGCAUCGCUGCACACGAUGAUUACUAUACUGGAUGACUUACACAAACCAAGAACACCACUUAAUACGAAAAAACCCUCGUCUGCAGAAGAACUGGAGUGAGCAAACUACCCGCCUGUAAUUGUCUUGGAAAUCAACAAUAUGGCCUGGACAUAUGGUCAUCCCAGAGAGGGUUAGACAGGUUUAAAUCAAAUAUUGCGCAAUCUGCAAUAAUCCUGGUUAUUCAUUAGUGGGAUUAAUAGCUCCGAAUAGCUGCUAAUAGAAUCUCUUUCUACAUUGCUGCAUUAUUCACUUUAGCAAAAUAGUUGAAUUUCAAAAAUAGUGAAUUUCUGUCUGCACAGAAGUUCGCUAUUUAUUUGUGUCUAUGCGUUGGCCAAAUACAAACGUUGAACUCCACAUGACACGAAUCCAAUGACAUAAGAGAAGGCCGCCUUAUUGUUCAUUGCUUUCAAUGCGUAC